AUGAGGCACCACAUCUUCGACCAGGACACGCAUUCGAAGUCCUCGGCAAUGCUUACGCUCUGCAUCCUGCUGUUGAGCCUUUGCGGCUUAUGUACCGGAUAUUAUGAGAAUCCAGACACACAGUCCUGUCCGAACCAUGGAAAAUUCAUGGACGACAACACUCGCUAUAAGAUCCUAUAUUAUCACGAAGGAACUCGAAAUGUACUUGCUCUAGGAGAGUCGCCAGGUUAUCAAACUGGCUUCCUUCCACCCGCGAAAAAUUUGUUCAAAUUGAGAUGGAACUGCACCCUUGAAGCAAAGGCGAGGAAACGGACGCAAGACUGUGCUCAUUCCGAUAAGCAAAUGAAAAAAUUCGGCAAAAAUGUAUACUAUGGCCCUGUACCAGAAGUAACUAGCACCAAGCCAAUCGAUCUCAGAAAGCGAAAGUAUGACUUCAUAAGUAAAUCAAUCGACGAGUGGCUUCUGCCAACGGAGAAUUAUCCCAUACAGGGUGAUGUCAGUUACAAGGAAAGUUUGUACGGUGACAGCAAAUUGUACACUUUCGCCAAUCUGGCCUAUGAUAAGAUUUACGAAGUCGGUUGCAAUUAUGAAGAAUGUGGCACUGGAAAGGUUCCUGACCACGCACCUCUGUACCAAGUGGGAGACAAGGACCCAGAUCAUGCGGGCUGCAACAAGGAUAACACCGUCUGCCAAUUUCUUGGUAAACCAGAGGCCACAUGCGAUGACCUUCUCUGCAAACUACCCAACGUGGUUUCGAGCUUCCUCUAA